AUGGCGGACGAUGCCGCUAGGAGGCUCCAGUUCGAGUACAAAGUUAAUUCCAGCCUCGUUCUCCUAACUGAUCGGUCCCUGAUUGAUCGUCGUCCUCGUGAUGAAUCGACUGGUGAGGUACUCAGUCUCGCUGGACGAAUACGUGUGCAAGAAAUGGGCCACAAGUCACAGCGAACAAAACCCCCAAUGUUGCAGGAGAAACGAGCUAAGCGACAAAAACGUGAUGAAAUUCAACAAGAUGCGCUAAAACUUAAGAGUGCCAGUUUGCUUAAUGACGAAUUGGAUGACAUCGCGGGGGUCGUGUACCGCCCCAAAACGCCUGACACUCGCAAAACAUACGAGUACAUACUUCAUUGCAUCCAGGAAGCUCUGGGUGACCAAUCUCGUGAGAUACUGUGUGGUGCGGCUGACGAAGUUAUUGCAACUUUUAAAAAUUCGCAUUUGAAGGACGGUGAGCGACGGAAGGAAACUGAAUCUCUUUUAGGUCGACUGGCAGACGAACGUUAUAAUAUCAUUGUGAAUUUGUGCAAGAAGAUUACUGACUGGAAGGACGAGAACGCAUCCACAGCGACGGGCGAAAACAUUGAUGAAACCUAUGGUGUUAAUGUGCAGUUUGAGGAGUCAGACCAAGAGAUUUCACUAAACAGUCAGUCUGCAAAACGUACCACCUUCUCUUUGGACUCGCUCUGUGAAAGCACAUGUGCGUCCGUAGUUGUGGUAUGGUCCGUGGAUAUGGGCGCAGCUGGUGGACUCUCAUUAGAUCCCCCCAUGCUUUUCACCGGACCUACCAUCACUUACAUUCAAACUUCCAUUUUGGAAUGGUGCCCACCAACGUAUCAACCCCGAAUCCAAAUAGACCACAUUGCUAUCAGUUGCCUGUGGUGA